AUGUGCAACCGUGCUGGACGCGUAUGUCAAGGGUAUACAGCGCCACCCGACAGGAGAACCCGUGAAGUCCGAGAUGCGCGCACCGCGAAGACUAAUGGUGGCGCUCUAAAAAUUGUGCAUGUAGGCCAGCAACAAGCCCAAUCCGCUGGUUUGGUCCACGUGGUUGAUGGGAGUCAAGUUGGCUUGUCGCGCAUGGAACGUGAUUAUUUGUAUUCAUUCCGUUCAUAUACUGCUAGUCAGUGUGCUGGGUAUAACUUCGACCCAUUUUGGCAAAUUCUUGUCCAUCAAGUCUGUGAAUCUUGUCCGGAGGUCCGCCAUGCAGCAAUUGGUAUCGGUGCCUUGCAUCGUAGAUUUGCGAACCCCAAUUCCGACCGGAAUGACGUUUUCCCCAUGCGGCAGUCCACAAAGGCCAUUGCUUGUCUUCGCACGACUAUGAUGAAGGACGACCAAUCGGAUCCCUCGGCUACCGAGAAGGUCCUUGUGGCUUGUGUUGUUUUAGUUACCUUCGCUUUAUUCCAAGGUGAUGUUGAUGCUGUGCGCUGUCAUCUGCAAGCUGGCACUAAACUCCUGUGGGAAUGGAGGAAGAAAAAUUCGAAGAGACCGGUUGCUUCUGUUUUGUUACAUACAUUCAUACAGCUCCAUAUCCAUUGGGCAAGCGCUACAAGCCUCCGGGAUUAUAUGGCAGGAGAGUAUCCUUAUCUUCUAGAACUUAUCCAUGAUAAUCUCGCCGACAUCUCUACAUAUGCCGAUGAACAGUCAAAAGCGACACUGCUGGUGUUGGUGCAAGCGUGGGCGUUCAUGUUAAGUAACCCGGUAUUGCUUGACCCGAUGAUCAGCAAUAUUUCGCGAGGAUUCGCGUGGGACACCCCGGCGAACAAGGUCCAUCGGUUUAAUACGCAAGUGGAGGAGUGCAUUGCUGUUCAUCAAAAGACUGCGUGCCCCACAAAGCUCCGUGCCUUCAUGAUCAUUCAGGUGCAGAUUGAGAUGAUGAAGAUCGUACUCGCCUCAUCAACAUUUUCAGGUUCUGAGCUACAAUGGGAUAUUCUCUUUCCUCAUUUCCAGACUAUUGUCGACACAGCAGAGGCUUUGUUGGUUAGCUUCGAUCACUUGCCGGACCCGCUUUUUUCUGUCAAGGAGGGAUUUCUAGCAGCUCUCAUGUUUUGUGGGCUCAAAUGUCGGGACUGGACGGUUCGGCAAAAGGUGUUGACGAUCUGCCGAAAUUACAAUCGACGCGAGGGAAUGUUUUCAACAGCUGAGGCUGCUCUCCUUCUACAACGUGUCUACGAUAUUGAAUCUGCAGGUAUUCCACCGGGAGAGAGAAUACCGGAUUCCGCUCGUAUCUCUGGAGUGUUCUUUGCAGAACAUCCCAAUCUUUCAAAAUUCCAGACCCAAAGUCUCAUCAAAUAUCGUGAUAAGAAUGGGAAUUGGUAUAGUGAGUGGUUGUCAGCAUAA